ACAGAGAUAGGCAGAUGCCGUGAGAGUAAGAGGCGCAUGAAUUGCAGCUUCAGCUGCUUGUUUUAGAUAUGUAAUACCAGAGAAAAUGCUUUCACAUACAAGGCAAGAACUAACGGUCUUUGCCCAAAAGUUGAUAGACGAGUUGGCGAAAAUCCAUCAAGGAUGCGAGAUAUAUAUUGGUGCGGACGUAGAAAAUGAAAAGAAAUUGAAGCCAUCACGACCCCCAGGAAAAUGUAUAAUUUGGUCUGUGGGCGUGAAAGUGCAGCCAAGCAAACUGUCUCAAGGGCAUGAUGACGCAUCAACUAUCUUGGUGAAUGAUUAAGGAUGUGUAGUUCAUAUGUGUAAGCAUGCCUCUUGUUUGUGAAAAGAAAUAGGCGUGGUACUAAGUGGAUGAAAGACUCACCAGGAGAGACAGCAAAAUUUUAGUGGCCUCAUGAGGACAAGAAACGAAGAAGGUGGAUCCAUUCGUAGCGGCCCAACGUUCUGACCACAUGGGACAAAGCCGGUCCCAACUGGGCUUAAGCCGACCUUAAAAUAGGAGCCGAGCUAAAGGUGUAGGUAGCGUGGCGGCCAGCGUCAAGUACGUGUUGAGCGUGGGAUGGAAGGUCGCGAGUAUAAAAAUAUGCGUUUCGUUGAUUGGACGGUCGCGUGCUGCCCUUCUGCUCUUAGCCCUCGCUCUUCUCCUCACUCUUCUGUCUUGGUUUGAAUUGUCGUUGCUCCGCUGUCUCUCCCGAGGAGAAAGAAUGGUGAAGCCCGAGAGCCACAACAAGAAGGCGGUGACCAGAGGAGCAUGGACAGCAGAGGAAGAUAGGAGAUUAUCGGAGUACAUAAGGAUCCAUGGUGACAAGAAGUGGAGAUUUCUGCCUGCCAGAGCAGGUCUAAAUAGAUGUGGGAAGAGCUGCAGAUUGAGAUGGUUGAAUUACUUACGGCCAGAUAUCAAGAGAGGGAACAUAUCAGAAGAUGAAGAGGAUUUAAUUAUGAGGCUUCACAAUCUUUUGGGAAACAGGUGGUCACUGAUCGCCGGAAGAUUGCCAGGGCGAACAGAUAACGAAAUAAAAAAUUACUGGAAUACUCAUUUGAGCAAAAAAUCAUUAUCAAUGAGUGACCUAAACCUCAAAAUAAACCAGAAGUUGAAGAAGGCCCAGAAGCCGCUCCCACCAACAAGAACGUGCCCAGUUUCCUCUACGCCGGACAGCACCAACGAGAAGGCCGGCGGGGAGAGCGAGAGGCCGUGGAGCUGCCCGCUAGAUCAGGAUUUCGAUGUGCAAAUCGACCUCGAUAUCGACAAGUUUUUCGACUUCCCCACCACUGGUUCAGCUGCGACGGAGCAGGGGCAGAGCACCGGGAUGGUGGAAAUGAGCAACCGGCUGGUGCAGGAAUCGAGGGAGGAAGCUGGAUUCUUCAAGGGCCUGUUCCAAUAUUGUGAGUCGGAGAACCCUGAUGCCGGCCUCUGCUCCGACCAAUAUUCCAAGCUCGAGCAUCUCGACUUAGAGAUGAUCAGCAGGCUUCUGGAGUUCGAUGUGGAUGCGAACCAUCCUGCAGAGGGGAAUCUCUCUCUUUCUUAGAGAAGCAGCAUUGCUCCUUUAACCUGAUCUAAAUAAAUCCUUGAUUGUACAAAAAUGGGGUUGCUUCAUCUGCUGUCAUAAGAAUAAAGAUUGAAGGGCGUCAACUAAUUAUUUUUA